UUGUGCUUCUUUUAAGUACUCAUUCACAUUCAUAUAUCACACCAACCUAUUUUCUCUAGUCAUUAUACGAAAUACUUUUCCUUGCUUUUCCCUCCCACAGCUUCUCAAGUUCCAUGGAUUGGCCAAACACCCUCUUUUUUGCAGCUUUUCUACUUGUUGCUGCAGCCAUUCAUGGUACUCAAGGAGAUGCCAUGGUCUCUGGCUCAGUUUUCUGUGACCAAUGCAAAGAUGGCCAAAUAUCCCUUUUUGAUUAUCCCCUCUAUGGAAUCAAAGUUUCCAUGGCUUGUGCUGAUGGUAAUGGGCAGACCACUGUGUGGAGGGAAGAGACUACUAAUUGGUUUGGAAACUAUGCCAUGAGGUUUGAGGGCACCCCAGACUUGAGUGGUUGUUAUGCCCAAGUUUCAGGUGGUGGCCAGGGAUCAAUGGGCUGCGGGGCAGCUCCGGGUCCUGCCCGGUAUCUGAAACUUAUGUUUAGGAUGUUUGAUACUGCAAUGUACACAGUGGAUCCUUUGCUUUCACAGCCUGGUCAACCAAUGUCCUUUUGCCCCAAGUCAGCAACCCCGACGGUGCCUGCACCGGUGACACCCUCGAAGCCUCCACCGUUUAGGCUUCCGCCAGCGCCACGACUGCCGCCAAUGCCACCGUUGCCUCGAUUGCCUCCAAUGCCACCAGUUCCAUUCUUGCAAGCUUCAGCCUGUCCUUACCAGAAAUGGACAAUGCCGGAGUACAAAUGUUACUGGAAGGUGGUGAAUCCCGACACGAAAGUAGCUGUUGUUUUCGGCCUAGUUGCUGCCAGGAGAUAUGGGACAGACAUGACAUUGUGGCAUGCCAUGCAAGGGAGAGGAGACCCUUACAGGACCCUCCUCAGGGAAGGGACAACUGCACUGCUCAACUCUUACAAUAGUCUUCAGUACCCAUACCAUCCUCUUGGUGUUGUCCAACACAUGAAUUUGGCCUUGAUGGGCUCAACAAGGCAUGUCCUCCUCACAGCUCUGCGGUUCUUGAGGGCUAAUUCUGGCUAUGGCAAUGUCGCCUGCCGAUUCGAAACAUGCAAGUGAUCAAUCCAUUCCUAUUUCUGAUUCUAUAUAGUCAGAGAUCACUCUAUGGUUUAUAUUAUUAUUAUGUUUGGGUGUACCGAAUAGAUAUCUUUGAUUUUAGAUUGGAGGAAGUUUAGUUCAAAUUUUGUACUAAAUUUUCUUGAAUCUCAUAUACAAGGUGCUGAUUCGGUCCCGCCAAUAUAUUUACUUGGGUAAUAGUGGAUGUAUUGAAUUGAUAAUCAGUUCUUUAAAGUAUAAUCAUUUACAUUUAUGCUUGUAAUAUUGCUACUAUAAUUAAUGAAAUUAGCACUCAUGGGUCA